AUGGGUCCCGGAGUCAAAGGUACUACAAAUCCAUCGAGCUCCAGUUCACAAACAUUGGAUAAUCGCCCUGCGGCCAGCCAACAAUCAGAAAAUUAUUCCACCUCUCAAUUACCGGGAGAAGAGUCAGUCUACAGUAGCCAGGAAUACCCAAUCAAGUUUAUACUCGACGAGUCUGGUGGCAAAUAUUUGAUCGCGUGGGAGGGCCCAUUCGAACCGACCUGGGAGCCAAAGAGCUGCGCUAGUUACGCUGCUGUACAGGCUUGGGAAGUUGAAAAGCGGAAGAGAUAUAUAUCUGCAAAACACUACAAAGAGCAAAGACCGAGGAGAUUUUGUCAAACUCCCCGCCGUAACCCGCUGGGCCUGUUAUCUUCUGCAUCGCCAGCAGCAUUUACUCAGCAGAGUCUUGAGGCCUCGCAACCAUCGUCCACCAACCCACAUUCAUCUAUUCCAUUAUUAUCCCAAGCAACUGAUUCAAGCGGCAGUAUAUUUUGUCCUGAUACCCAAUCUCAAAGCACCCAGGCAUCUCAUUUAUCUUCCAGUCGUGUGGGUGGAGGCUCAUUUAUCUCAUCGACUGAGAGCCAAUCACAUCAUACCCGAACACCUAGAAGCACGCAUAAAUAUAGUCAGGAUUCCAGUAUACCUGAUUCUACUGCCGAUACCUGGGUACUUGAAUCUACUACCAGUUCAUACACCUUGCGUGAGCGAGCAUUAACUUCUACAGGUGUAUCCCAUCUACGGCACCUCCACCAGGAUACAGAACAGAAUCCUGAAAACUCACAAUACUCUUCUCAGGCAUCGCGAGGUACUUCUAGUACGAAUAGUGCCGCUCAUUCAACUUCCCAGUCAAAGGGGCACAGUCAACGCAAGCCACGCUCUCAAUCUCUCGCCCUUGAAGUACUGGAAACUCCACCGUCCCGACUGCUCUUUCGAGAUAUAUCGGACCACAGUUCAUCUCAGGAAAUAGACGUACCAGGCUUUGAAAUCCACAGUUCGACAAGCCGUAGGACCACUGUUCAAAGCUCCUCUGAACUUCAGACACCGUUCCUCGAGUCUAGUACGGUGACCGGAUCUUGCCGGUCAAUUCCAAAAUCAGAAUACCAAGGUGCGGUUAAUCAGAACGGGUAUCCCAAAGCUUCACUGUCUCGUUCGUUUAUCGAAGAAUCACCAACAGCCAUCGCCAGUUCUAAUUUGAGCAAAAGAAAGGCCUUCCGAAGAACGGUUAGCGAAGUGGUGCCAAGAAGCGGCAACCAACACCACCUUAACCGCUUGUCUGCAUCGCCACAACAUCCAAGUCUCCACCUGUCUUCCGUUACCAUGAAUAGCUCAGCGCCUAACACACAUCCUCCGGGUAUCUCGGCGAAUGCUGAAGAGCUAGAACGCCAUGCGCGAGCAACUAGUGUCUCUGAGAAAAUGAAGCAGCUAUGGGAUACUGACCGUGCUCUGAGGAAGCCACUUAACAGCCUUCCUCAAAGUACAACGCCCUCUUCCGCUGGAGAUAUUCUGCCAUCCGCGCCACCAAAUGCUUCGGAUAUCAUCUCACCUCUCAACACACAGUUGGAAAAAAGUACUCCAAGCGCCAUUGGAACUGAAGCACAAACUUCGAUACCCGUUUCAUUCGUUACCCCUCAAGCUUUGCACUAUAAUGUUGAGCAAGUUACCCCCGCUCCAGAGGCCCUCGAGUCAAUGAUGCAAACGGAGACGACAGACUUUGAUGCAUCAAGCCCUCAAGAGCAAAAUCCAGAUGCACUGGAACUGGAAGUUAAUGUUUUGGCUCUUAGUGAGAUGGAAUUUGCGAUCCCGCUAUCCAUGGACUGUCGAGUGAAGGAUGAAUACGAUAAUACCCUGGAAGGUGAGAACAAGUAUGUGGAAAGAUUCUUGGAAUCAGCACCACAAUCGAGUGAAAUGGGAUCUCUAGACGGAGAUAACCAAGGACUGCUCACUAGAAUGGCAACGCUAGUCGAGAAACUUGACAAUAUUACCACACAUCCAGAUAUCAAUAUUGCUAGCCAGGCCGCCGGGGCUUCUCCAGAUACAGCUAAAGAAGCGUUAUGGGCUGAGUACUCUAGCUCAAAGUUUCAAUAUCUUGGGUAUUUCAUUGACGCGUCCAAUGGACUUGAUCUAUAUGUUAUCAUAAUGGCAAAACCAGGGAGAACCGUUGAUGUAGUCCAACGCUACUUGAUGGGGAAGAAUUUUAAUCAGAUGCCUUUCCCUGUGGGCAGACACGGCGAUUCUCCCGCCGUCUUCAGCAAAGAGAAAAUCAACUUCGAAGUACGCUCAACCGCGGAAGAACGAGACAUCCCGGCCUCGAGAUCGCCCUCGCUCAUCAUAGCACUGGAUAGCUCCUUCGAUGCCAGCCUUGCUUCUAUAAAGAAGCUUAGGGUUUGCCCAGGCCACAGCUCCCUUGUCCCCGUUGUCCGUCUAAUUAUCGCCAAUACUGUCGAGCAUGUCAAGGUGUGCCUCCCCAAAUGCGCUGAGCUAACUAGACUUCGCUUGCUGGUACAACACACACUGGCUUGCAAUGAUUCUGCUGGAGAGCUACAAGAUGAUGCUCUCGGUGUUCAAGAGAAUGCUGAAGAAACUUUGAUGUACAUCAUGGAUGACCCUGCUACGCGGACGUGGAAGCUUCCAUAUAUGGAAACCUUGGAGAUAGAAGGGCAAGAUGAAAGCCCUAGAUCAGAGCUUGACCCAAUGUCUUCUAAUCAUGCUUCGCGUCAAAAGAGAUGGCUGGAGACUGAACUAAGCGACAGCAUCAAUCCAUCAAAACGGCAGAGAAUAACACCAACCCAGGAUAUCACACAUAUCAGUGAUUCAGUGCAGAAUUCGACGCAAGCGGAUCAAAGCAGCCUUUCUGCUAACCAGGGUCACACGAAUCACUCUGCCACCACCGCAGAUAUUGAAGCCCUCCGUAACACGCUAGCAAGUAGCAAAACUAAAGUGAAGUCACUCGAAGCAAGUAUUGGUGCUCUGCAAUACCGUUAUGAAGCAAAGCAUAAUCUGUUGCAUCAAACUCGACAUGAGUUAGAACUGGAGCGAGAAAAGGCUCAAAAGAACCUGGCAAGAUUUGAGCGCCAGAAAGAAGAAAUAACAAGACUGAAGGACCGAAACGCCGAGCUAGUCACCGAGCUGGAAGCGGCGAGGAAUACCAUCAAAUCUGGUGGUGGCUUGGAGUCUGAUCUAGAGAAGUCCCGCGAGGAAAUCAGGAAACUUGAAAAGACAAUGGCGAGCCUUGAGCGUACGGUCCAACAGGAACGGUCGCAAACAGAAUAUACCCGACAACAAUACCAAAAUGCCUCCACGUCAGCUGCACAAUCCACAAUGGAAGCCCGUCGACUUGAGGAAAGAGUCCAGGAGCUGGAAAAGAAAGCAAACGGCGAAGCCGUAAGACUUAAAGAGCUGAAGAUGCAAAAGGAUGGGGAACUGCAACUAGCUCGUAUCAAGGAGCUAGAAUCCCUAUUGGCGACGAGGGAGACUCUCUUGACGAGGAAAGAAGAGGAGAUUCGUGAAAUGAAAAAGAACCGCCCCUCUACCCGCGCAACAAGCAUGCAACCUCGGAGUCCCAAGUACGGCGCAAGCCGACCGUCUAGCCCCGGGCCGAACAAUAUCGGCUCGGCUGUUCGGGGAAGCGCCCUCAAAUUUCGGGCUGAAAUAUAG